AUGUCAUUCAGAAAAGUUGAAUUGGUUACUAAUGAUAGUGAUGAUGACAUCGAUAUGGAUAUAUCAACAAUGAGUGUGGAUAUUGAACGCUUUAAUCGUACAUUAAAGUCACGUAUGUUUAAAUACUUUACUGCUAAUGGUACGCGAAGAUAUGUAGAUGUACUACAAAAACUUGUUAAUGCAUACAAUACAUCAUAUCACAGAUCUAUAGAUGUCGCUACAGGAGAUUUAGUACGUAAAGUGUACGAAAUGUCUAAAUUUGAUAAAGGUUAUUACCCUAACUGGACUGAUCAAGUCUUUACUGUAGUAAAGACUAUAAAAGGUGAUAAUCAAUAUGUGUUUAGACUAAGUGAUGGACAAGGAAAUAUUAUUGAACAGCGAUUUUAUCCACAAGAGAUCCAAAAGAUCAAAGAAAAUCUAUACCGUAUUGAAAGAGUUAUUAGAAGUCGUGUUAGACGUGGUCGUAGACAGUAUUUUGUUAAGUGGUUAAACUAUCCGGAAGAAUACAACAGUUGGAUUGAUAGCAUUCAAGAUGUCUAUACUAAAUAA